AUGGAUAGGAAUGGUGAGAGUGAUAAAAAGGAGCCUUUAAAUGGUUUAGACUCUUCGAAAACUGCGUUGAAUGGCGAAAGAGAGGAGGAGUGCGAUGAAUCACAGUCAUUGUUGCCUCCAAAGAAAGGGGGGUUAUCUAAGAAGAAAUCAGGGAAGCCUAGAAGGAAAGUUCAAUGGAAUGAUAGUAAUGGAGAUAAACUUGCAGAGGUUUUGGAAUUUCAACCAAGGUAA